UUUCUUUCGUUAAAAUAACCGAUGGAUGGAGACAAAGCCAUGUUUUCUUCAACUUCUUAAUUAAGUCUCACCUCACCAACCCUGCCUCUCUCUUUCUACGCUUGUGAGUCGGUGGUGGAGAUGUUUUCGUCGGGUCUUCGAGUUCUAGUGGUUGAUGAUGACCCGACUUGUCUUACAAUCUUAGAGAGGAUGCUCAGGGCUUGUAGUUACGAAGUAACGAAAUGCAACAGAGCGGAGAUGGCAUUGUCUCUGCUCCGGAAGAACAAACAUGGAUUCGAUAUUGUCAUCAGCGACGUUCACAUGCCUGACAUGGACGGCUUCGAGCUUCUUGAACAUAUCGUGAUGUCUGCGGAUAAUUCAAAGAGUGUGGUUCUAAAGGCAGUAAUGUACGGUGCGGUUGAUUAUCUUAUCAAACCUGUGCGCAUAGAGGCACUUCAGAACAUAUGGCAGCACGUGGUUAGGAAGAGGAGGAGCGUACCUGAACAUUCUGGCGGGGAAGACGCAGCGGAUGACAACUCUUCCACUGUUAAUGGAGGGAAGAAGUGGAGGAGCAUGUUAUGAACAAAAACUCUAGAUCGCUCGAUAAUAACACACGCAGUAGUACACUGUAUCUAGUGAUUCUCUCCACAAUACAAUGUAUCUGACACACUUUUAAGCGAAUCAAUCACUAAACUCUCUUCUCUUCAAGUCUUGACCAUGGAAGACUCUUUCUUUUCAAGUCUUUGUUUC